AUGACAUUACUCGACGUGUCGGCGGAAGCCGUACACGCAGCAACCCCUGCGAGUGCACAGGCAGACGCCGAGGCCGUUCUGCAAAAAGGUUGCGGCGAGUACGGAUGCUCACACUACCGGAGAAGAUGCAAGAUCAAGGCUCCGUGCUGUAAUGAGGUGUUUGACUGCCGGCACUGCCAUAACGACGCCAAGAGUCAUUCAGAGGACAAAAGUCGACAUGAGAUUGCUCGGCACAAUAUCGAACGGGUAGUUUGCUCCUUGUGCUCGACCGAGCAAAAGGUGCAACAAGUAUGUGAGGCAUGUGGUGUGUGCAUGGGACGGUAUUUCUGCUUCAAGUGCAAGUUCUAUGAUGACGAGGUUGCAAAGAAGCAUUUCCACUGUGACGAGUGCGGCAUUUGCAGAGUUGGUGGCAAGGACAAGUUUUUCCACUGCAACAAGUGCGGCUGCUGCUAUGCCACGUCGUUGAGAGAGGAUCAUCGCUGUGUGGAGAAAUCCAUGCAUCACAACUGCCCUGUGUGCUUCGAGUUUCUCUUUGAGUCGCUCCGAGAGACCUCGGUGCUGCGGGAGUGUGGGCAUACAAUCCACACAGAGUGCCUGGACGAGCUUCGGAAACACAACAGGUAUGCGUGCCCCAUCUGUUGCAAGACCAUGUUUGACAUGUCCCGAGUGUGGGCCCAGCUGGACCAGGAGGUUGCUGCAACACCCAUGCCAGAAGCGUAUCAAAACCAGAUGACGCCUAUCCUGUGCAAUGACUGUGGGGGCAGUGGUUCUGUGCCAUUCCAUGUGGUGGGGCACAAGUGCCCGCACUGCGGCUCCUACAACACCCGCCAAACACAGGUGAUGACAGAGUCAGCAUGCAUACUCGCCACCAUCCCAGUACUCGUCAUUGCCCACAACUACUCUGCCAAUGUGCUGCUGCUGAAGUUUUCACCACCCCCCACCACUCAUCACCCCACACUGUACAUCGGUGUAAUGACAGAGGCAGCGCGCAUAUUCGCGCACAACUACUCUGCCGAUGUGCUGCUGCUCAACUUCUCACUAAUCCCAACCCCUCACCACCUCGUACCACCCCUCACCACCUCGUACGACCCCUCACCACCCAUUCAAACAGGUACAUCGGGGCUCACAGCAGACGAUGAUCACGUGGCAGUGCUACACACGCGCAGCCCCAGCAACGCGGGGGGAGCCUGCUUCCUCCGCUUCAUUGCUGCAUGCUACCUCUCCCACAGGUACUCUCGCCCUUCUCACCAGUACAGUGUGACACUGUAA